AUGCCGAGGGAAAACUUUCCCUCAAAUGCAAGCGCCUCGCAAAGGGAGAGGACAACUUCAUUCUGGUCUGGAAAUGCUAUAUCUGCUUUCUGGCACCAAACACGACAAUUUCUCACCUCCGAUGACGGAAUUGGAGUGUUCAAGUGCAGCCUGGCGUACCUACUUGGGUCGCUGGCCACACUAGUCCCCGCAGUCGCGGCUUUGCUGGGGUCUCAGGGAGGCAAGCAUAUUGUAGCCACCAUUACUGUAUAUUUUCACCCCGCGCGAUCAAGAGGUAGCAUGUAUAAGGCGCUCGUAUACGCCUUGGUCUCAUUUCUGUAUGCGGCGUUUAUCUCAUUGACCAGCAUGUAUGUGACCAUUUUCUUCCAAAGGCGACGGAUGAUAGAACUGGGCCAUACCCUGGUGCUGAUCCUGUUUGUGGGAGUGGGCUUUGGAUUCAUUGGAUGGACCAAGCAAAAGAUGGGCGACUCGCUGGUCAAUGUUGCCUGCUCACUUGCAUCUCUCACGUCGAUCAUUGUCCUCACGAAAGAAGGCGCGGUACAACGGGGUGAUGUCUCUCUGGGGAAAGUUUCUCAGGUUCUCGCCAUGUUGUUGAUGGGGAUCGGUGUGACAAUGACCGUAUCCUUUUUUGUUCUUCCCGUAUCCGCCGCCAAGAGACUGCGCUCCAACCUGGGCAUUCUCGCUGCAUCAACGGCUAUUAUGCAAUCCGUGAUCACCGAGAGCUUUAUCCAGAGGACCGAGCAGGAUAUGCAGGGGCGCGAAUUUGUUAGUGCCUCGGCGGAUCUACAGAAAGCCCAUAAACAACUGGAGAAGUUCCUACGGGAGACAAAGCUGGAACACUAUGUAGAGGGAAGGGAGAAGGAGUAUAUCUUUGAGGCGCAACUUGUUCGCUGGGCCCGCGAUAUCACUCAUACCCUUGGCGCUCUCCACAGCUCGGCUCGUCUGGGAUGGGAAACUCUCCGACACCCGAAGUUCGCAAAUCACUAUCCAGGUUCUCUGGCGGAGAGCCCGAUCUCCUCUCCUCGUAGUCGUAGUCGAGAUGAACAACCACCCGCUGACGGCCAUCUGCUAUUGGACGUGCGAUUAUCGGAAGAGAAUGCUUCAGAUAUCGGACAGACCGCGCACUCACCUCAGGUGAUUGACAAUUGCCUAGUUCCGGACAGUAUUCGGGUGACCGAAAUGUUCGACGAUUUUACCAGGCAACUCGGCCCUUCCAUGCGCUCACUCGUGCUAGUCUUAGCGACUAUUCUCAAAGAAUUGCCAGCUAGGCUAGUCUCAGGCGAGCAAACCGUCGAUGCCAGUCUUCAUACCACUCUUAUUCACGCCAUCGAAGAUUACCGUAAGGCUCAAGUGGAAGCCUUCGCAUCACUCCAUCGCGAUAGAGUCAAUUUGCGGGUUUACAAUGCUAAGGAUGAUGCAUGUUUCAAUGAGGUCUCCGCCAUCUGCACAUAUUUUAGUCACUCCCUACUCAAGUUCGGUGAGCAGUUAAAGGGGCUACUGGCGAUCGUGGAAGACUUGCAAUCUGCAACUACUUUGUCCCGGAAGCGAUCAUGGGAAUGGGUUUUGUUUUGGCGACAAGGCCGUGUGAGAGGACACGAUGGCGAGCCAGUGCAUACGGAUCCCACCUCACAACAACCUCUUAUACAAUCGAAUGCACCAGAGGAAAUGGAGAUGCUCGAGCCCUUUGGCUUCGAAACUCAAUCAAGAAGACAAUCGCUAAGAGAGAGAAUUGACCGUUGUACGCUAAGGUAUUGCAAUUUAUUUCGCAAAGAUGAGACUAGGUUUGCUGUCAAGGUCGGAACGGGGGCUGUUCUGUACGCCUUGCCCUCUUUUCUAUCGUUCACGCGACCCUUCUACCUUUACUGGAAGGGAGAGUGGGGCCUCAUCUCCUACAUGCUGGUUUGUUCAAUGACAAUCGGUGCGUCGAAUACUACGGGAUAUGCUCGGUUCCUGGGGACGUUGAUCGGUGCCCUGUGUUCUAUCGGAGUAUGGUACGUCACCGGCAGUAACGCAUUUGGACUUGCUCUUUUCGGGUUUUUCAUGGCAACAUGGACCUUCUAUAUAAGUCUGGUUAGAGGCCAGGGGCCAUUGGGCAGGUUUAUUAUGCUCACCUACAACUUGUCCGUGCUAUAUGCAUACUCCCUUUCACAACGCGACGCGGGUACUGGCCCAAAUGAAGUGACCAGGGAGGAUCUGGACAUUACCAAGAUUACUCUCCAUCGAGUGGGCGCGGUUCUAUCCGGUUGUAUCUGGGGGGUCAUCAUCACGCGAGGCAUCUGGCCUACCAGUGCUCGGAAGAAGCUCAAGACGACUCUUAGGCUCGUCUGGCUCCGCCUCGCCCGGAUAUGGGCAUUAAGUCCACUGGAGCAACGAUUAAGACACCCGGGUACUGCAGCACUAUAUAUGCCUCCCCAAGAACAGCUCAAGAUGGAAGACCUUCUGUCAGACCUCGAAUCCCUAAGGGUAUCGGCUCGCUAUGAAUUUGAGCUGAACGCCCCCUUUCCCGAUGCAGCCUAUGCGAGGAUCAUCCAACAUACCCGGUCGAUUGUCGAUGCUCUCCAUGCUUUCGAUCUUCAACUGCUGAGUGUCGCCCACCCGUCUGAGCGAGAGAUAUCCAUUUUGCAACGGACGUCAAGGGAGAGGAACGAGUUGUCAACCCACAUCAACCAUCUACCACAGCUUAUCGCUUCAUCGAUUACAUCCGCCCGCCCGGUAGAUCAUAUCAAUGUUGGCAAGGUAAAGCUCGCAAGAGAUCAGCUUCUGGCGAGUAUCUUCAUGCGCCAGGAAGAGGACGACAUGUUGGAGUCAAUCCUCGACGACGGCUAUAGCUUGCUUUAUGCAUAUGGUAAGUGGUGGACGCAGAUGACUGCAAAUAUACGGAGCUUUGGCUAA